UUUCAAUACAAUAUUGGCUCCCGUCACACAACAGUGUUGACGCCUGGUUACCAAUUAUCAUGGCCUACUCUCUCUACGAUGCAACUGUCGUCAUGGCAAAAGGCGCUCUGAUUUCCCUUAACAAAAUGCUCACUGAGGCCGAGAAGCACCCCAACUCGGCCACUUUCUUCACCGCACGCCUCAUCGACGAUAUGAAGCCUCUUACCUUCCAAGUUCAUUACGCCGCCUUCCAGUCACAGGCGCUGGCAGCAAAACUAUCCGGUCAAGAGCACGCCGAGCCAGAGGAGGAUCUUGAUACCUAUGAGAAGAUGCGAGCGCGCAUCCAGCAGGCUCUUGAUGCUCUCGACGGAACGGACAAGGAUACGGUCAAUAAGCUUGGCGAGACAACGACUUCAUUCACUCGUCGUGAGGAGGCCAUGGAGGUACCUGUCAAGGCACUCGUUGGACUGUUAAAUAUGCCCAAUAUUUAUUUCCAUGUCUCUAUGGCUUACGCAAUCUUGAGGAAGGAAGGCGUGCCACUAGGGAAAAGAGACUGGAGCCGGGGCUUUGUCAGGGAUUAUGUUUGAGCCAGAUCUUGUAUCAAGGAUAUCACAACCGUGUUGGAGAGUCGCCAUGCUUGAAAUCCGAGAUGUGAAUGUUCUUAAUAACUCAUGUACAGCAGCAUGAGGAGUAGAGGAGCCAUAUGAGACCUUGCCACCUCAUUCGGAGACAAUUUGGGGUGUCCCCUGACGCGACUUGAGGUAACUCGUUCCUAUGGUAGGUCUAAAUGCGGCAGUUUAAUUAAG